AUGUCUAUACAUACUAUUAACGAUUCCAAUAAAUCGUGUAAUAAUUUUAUAUCUCUUAGUGAUUUUUCAAACGAUCUAAAAGAAGCAAUUAUAAGGAUUAUCAAGAAAGAAGGUUACGAUAGAUGUCAAAUUAGUAAACGAAUAAUUUCAUCCAAAGGUGGUAACUUUUUGGGAACAUUAUAUGAAGUUGAUAUUACCGGAAUAACUAAAGAUGGCUACAAAGAGACCAAUCUGUUUAUAAAAGAAGCAAAAGUAUUGAAGAAGAUACGCAUUAUUUCAAUUGAAAACGUUUAUUCUAAUGAGGUAUUCUUUUAUAACGAACUUGCUAAUAUCAUUGUUGAUUUACAAAAUAAAGUAAAUGUCCCUGAUAAUGAAAAGUUUAAUCUACCUAAAGGAUACAAUGAAAGUUAUGAAAAAGCUAUAAUAUUAGAAAAUUUAGCAAGAAAAGGAUUUGAAAUUUACAAUAGAAAUGACGGCAUGAGUUUAAAAUUAGCAGAAUUAACUGUAGAACAACUCGCAAAGUUUCACGAAAGUGAUUUUUUGAAAGAUAAAGUUAAGAAAUUAGUACCGAAAAUGCACAGUAAUUUACAAGAGUAUAUGUUAGAUUGUUCCCCUAUUGAAGUAUUGUGUCAUGGUGAUUAUAAACCACAAAAUAUUAUGGCGAAGAAACUAAACGGAGAGAUAAUCGAAGUAAUAGUUUUGGACUACCAACUGAUAUAUUACGGAUGUCCAAUUAAUGAUCUUCUAUUCUUUAUAUUUAGUGCAACCGAUAGACAAUUUAGAAAGAAAUAUAUGGAUCAUUUGAAAAGUCUCUACUAUGAGUCUUUGAAGAAAUUUCUGGAACAUUUUAAAAUCGACGUUGAAAAUGUAUUUUCUCGGCAACAAUUCGAACAGACUUUCAAAGAUCGACUUGAAUAUGGUCUGAUGACAGGCAUUUAUAUGUCUUAUUUUCAAUUCGUAAGAGAGGAUGAUGUCGCUCAUUUUGGAGAAAGGGCGCUCUCGGAGUUGGAUAUAAAUCCUUGUGAUGGAUAUAAAAAUUGGAUUCGAGGUUUGAUAGAUGAUUUUGUUGAAUGGGGAUAUUUGUAA